AUGGAGCCCGUGUUGGAUCUACCACCGUUACCCGACCAACAAACGGCGGUCGUCCCCGACGCCGUCACCGCCCCCGCCGCCGCCAUCCUCACCCCCGCCCAAUCUUACGCCCACAACCACCCACCUUACGCUGAGAUGAUAAGAGCGGCGAUUUCGGCGUUGAAGGAGCCAAACGGAUCGAGCAAGAAGGCCAUAGCUAAGUACAUAGGGGAUCACUACACUGACCUGCCGUCGACGCAUGAGGCUCUGCUGACUCACCAUCUCAAGCAGUUGAAAAUCAAUGGUCAGCUCCUCAUGGUCAAAUACUCCUACAAGCUCCCUGGAUCUGCUCCCCCUCCCAUCCCUGCUCCCAUCAACGGCGCUGUUAACGCCGUUAGUCCUGACCCAGCCUCAAAGAGACGGCCAGGGCGCCCUCCCAAGCCCAAGCCCAUGCCUGACGCCGCCCAAGUUGUUGUGCCUGUUUUCCAUCCAGAUACAAAUUCUAUACAGUUUGGCACCGAGCCACACCCACAGCCUUAUGUGGCAUCCGGACCCAUUAAUGGACAAGAAGCUGCUGUUGUGAAACCCCUGAGGGGCCGUGGACGCCCACCUAAGCUGCACGGGCUGAAGCGGCAGCCUGGACGCCCACCCAAGGCUGGUGGGACAAGUGGUGGUGUGGCCAUAGGCAGAGGCAGGCCCAGGCUUGCAGCACCUCCAGUCCAGGUGAGGAAGGGAUCCGGGAGGCCACGUGGAAGGCCUCCGAAGCCGAUUAAUGUGGUCCAGGGCUUGGGUUUGGGAGUGGGUGUCCCGGGCAGUGGGGUGCCAGCUGGCCUUGGUGUGACUGCCACAGUCAGCGGUGGAGUUGGGCCCAUGAAGCGUGGCCGAGGGCGGCCUCCCAAGGCCGGUGGUGUGGCAAAGAGGGCAAGGAAUCUGAGUGCUGUGAGGCCUAAGAAGCUCCGGAAGCUGUCUGGUAAGCCUGUGGGCCGGCCUAAAAAGGUGAGGACACUAAACUCAUUUCAUAAGAAUUAUCAGUAA